AUGGACCCGAGACCCCCCCGGUACCGAACGGACCGCCCCGGAUCUUCCGGAGACCCCAAAACGGCUCGGGACCCCCAAAAUGGCUCCGAGACCCCCAAAACGGCCCCGAGACCCCUCAAAAACGGCUCCGGACCCCCAAAACAGCUCCGGCACCCCCAAAACGGCUGCGAGACCCCCAAAAACCCCCGAGAGACCCCCGGUAUCGAAGGGAUCCCCCCCGGAUCUUCCGGAGCCCCCCAAAACGGCUCCGGGACCCCCCAAAAACGGCCCCGAGACCCCCCAAAAACCCCCCGGACCACCCGGAACGGCUCCGGAACCCCCAAAAGCCCCCGAGAAACCCCCGGUACCGCAGGGACCCCCCCGGAUCUUCCGGAGACCCCCAAAAAUGGCUCCGAGGACCCCCCCAAAACGGCUCCGAGACCCCCCCGGUACCGAAGGGACCCCCCGGGACCCCCCAAAAUCCUCCGGGAUGGACCGAGACCCCCCCGGUACCGAAGGGACCCCCCCCGGAUCUUCCGGGAGACCCCCAAAACGGCUCCGAGACCCCCCAAAAACCCCCCGGACCACCCGGAACGGCUCCGAGACCCCCCAAAAACCCCCCCGGACCACCCAAAACGCUCCGAGACCCCAAAACGGCUCCGAGACCCCCAAAACAGCUCCGAGACCCCCCAAAAACGGCUCCGAGACCCCCAAAAACGGCUCCGGAACCCCCAAAAGUCCCGAGAGACCCCCGGUACCGAAGGGACCCCCCCAGAUCUUCCGGAGCCCCCCAGAACGGUUCCGAGACCCCCCAAAAACCCCCCGGACCACCCGGAAGGGCUGCGGAACCCCCAAAAGGGCUCCGAGACCCCCGGGACCCCCCAAAACGGCUCCGAGACCCCCAAAAGGCCCCGAGACCCCCCCGGUACCGAAGGGACCCCCCCCCCCGGAUCUUCCCGAGACCCCCAAAAUGGCUCCGAGACCCCCCAAAAACCCCCCGGACCACCCGGAACGGCUCCGAGACCCCCGAACGGCUCCGAGACCCCCAAAAACGGCUCCGAGACCCCCAAAACCCCGAGAGACCCCCGGUACCGAAGGGACCCCCCUCGGAUCUUCCGGAGACCCCCAAAACGGCUCCGAGACCUCCAGAACGGCUCCGAGACCCCCCAAAAACGGCUUCGGGACCCCCAAAAGCCCCCCCCCGGACCCCCGGAACGGCUCCAAGACCCCCGGAACGGCUCCGGGACCCCCCAAAAUCCCCCCCGGACCACCCGGAACGGCUCUGGAACCCCCAAAAGCCACCGAGACCCCCCCGGACGGAUUCGAGACCCCCGGGACCCUCAAGGACCCCCCCCCCAGAACCGCAGGGACCCCCAAAACCCCCCGGACCCCCCAAAAUCCUCCGGGACCCCCCAAAACGGCUCCGGGACCCCCAAAAACGGCUCCGAGACCCCCAAAAUCCCCCGGACUCCCCAAAUCCUCCGGAUGGGUUCGAGACCCCCCCGGUACCGCAGGGACCCCCCCCCAAAAUCGCUCCGGGACCCCUCGGAAGCCCCCG